AUGCCCGAUUCUGUAUUUAAUACACUUCUUGAUUUGUUGAGGCAAGCACUCCCAGAAGGUGUAAAUCUACCCAAUUCUUAUUAUGAAGCAAAAAAAAUAAUGAAAGAACUAGGACUUGGAUACGAAAAAUAUGAUGCAUGUCCUAAUGAUUGCACAUUGUAUUGGGGAAAAGAUGAAUCAAAGAUAAAAUGUGACACUUGUAAGCAUCUACGGUGGGAAGGAACAAAGGAUGAUCCUACUGGUGAAAAAAGAAAGGUUCCCCAUAAGGUUUUGUGGCACUUUCCGCUUAAACCCAGAUUGCAGCGUCUGUUCAUGUCAUCUAAAACAGCCUCUUUCAUGAAAUGGCAUGUCGAGGGUCGUACUAAGGAUGGUCGCAUGAGACAUCCUGCAGAUACUUCGGUUUGGCAAUCAUUUGAUUACCAAAAUCCCGAAUUUGCAAAAGAUCCUCGUAAUGUCAGAUUGGGUUUAGCUUUUGAUGGAUUUAAUCCAUUUAAAUCUAUGAAUGUGAACCAUAGUACAUGGCCGGUAGUACUGAUGCCUUAUAAUUUGCCACCAUGGAUGUGCAUGAAGCAGCCAUACUUUAUGUUGUCACUACUCAUUCCUGGCCCAUAUGCACCUGGGAAUAACAUUGACGUUUACCUUCAACCUCUUAUAGCUGAGUUGAAGGAAUUGUGGGAUGUAGGUAUGACUACUUAUGAUGCAUCAUCAAAGGAAAAUUUUCAGAUGCAUGCUGCUUUACUUUGGACCAUUAGUGAUUUUCCUGGUUAUGCUAAUUUAUCUGGUUGGAGUACUAAAGGUUAUUUAGCAUGUCCAGUAUGUCAUAAGCACACCGUUUCACACCAUUUAAGACAUGGUUCAAAACAAUGUUACAUGGGUCAUCGGCGAUUUCUGGAAAAGGAGCAUCCAUAUCGAAAAGAUAAACGUCACUUUGAUGGAAAAAAAGAACAUGGAGUUGCACCACCUCGCUUGACAGGUGAUAUGAUCUUGGAGGAGUUGAGGUCUUAUAAAAUCAAAUUUGGGAAGGCAGUCAAUGAUAACCCUGAAUUACCCUUUAACUGGAAGAAACAAAGCAUUUUUUUUGACUUGCCAUAUUGGAAGAACAAUUUGUUACGUCAUUGUCUUGAUGUCAUGCAUAUUGAAAAAAAUGUAUGUGAGACAAUAGUUAGAACAUUAUUGAAUGUGGAUGGCAAGUAUGAUAACCUUGGUGUACGGCAUGAUUUGGAAGAAAUGGGCAUACGAGCAGGUCUUCAUCCUAUUACAGAUGAGUUUGGGAGAGCAUACUUGCCUCCAACAUGUUUCUAUUUGGAUAAGAAGGAGAAAGAGUUAUUCUGUAAAAUUCUGAAAAAGCAACUGUUACCACUCUGUUAUAGAAAACUUCUUCCAAAAUCGGUGCGGUCUCCGUUGAUAAAGUUGUCCAAAUACUUUAGAGAUUUAUGUUGUAAAGCUCUUUGUCCUCGGGAACUGCUUCGUAUGGAAAAGGAAAUUGCUGUUGUACUAUGCCAGUUAGAGCGCAUGUUUCCACCAUCUUUUUUUGUUAUAAUGGUGCAUUUGACCACUCAUUUAGCAACCGAAGCAAGGAUAGCUGGUCCAGUACAUUAUCGUUGGAUGUAUCCAAUUGAAAGGUACCUAUGCACUUUGAAAAAUUAUGUCCGAAAUAGAAGUCGGCCUGAAGGUUCAAUUGCAGAGGGGUACCUAGUUGAUGAGUGCUUGACAUUUUGCUCUCUCUACUUAUCUGAUGAAGUGACAACUAAGUUCAAUCGAUCAAGUAGAAAUGAAGAUGGAGGUGAAAGUUCAACUGAAGGACUUGAGAUUUUUUCUAUACAAGGUCGGGCAUUAGGAAAAGGAACUUCAGUUGUAAUGGAUGAUGAAACCAUAAAAAAGGCACAUCAAUAUGUGAUAUUCAAUUGUGAAGCCGUGGAUCCAUAUAUCAACCAACAUCGUAAAUUGGUUGAAGAGCAGCAUUUGCGUAGUUCAAAAUAUGAAAAGGAGCGGAUUCAUAGUGAGACAUUUGCAAAUUGGUUUGACAGCCAUGGUCCAAAUGUUGUGGGUUCGAAGUAUGAGAGAUACAUUGUGAAUGGUUUUAGAUUUCAUACAAAAUAUUUGGAGAGCAAAAGAAAAAAUCAGAAUAGUGGGGUGAUUGUUACUGCAAUAACAUCAAGUUUCGCAAGCACCAAGGAUAUGAAUCCGGUUUCAAGUGACUUGGCCUAUUAUGGUGUCUUAAAGGAUAUUCUGGAAUUGGACUAUGGUGGAGGUCGAAGAGUGGUUUUGUUUGACUGUGAUUGGGUUUCUAAGGGGAAACGAUUGAAACAAGAUGAUGAUGGGUUUACACUUGUGAAUUUUAUGAAUGUGAAGCGCCACCAUGAACCCUUCGUUCUUGCAUCUCAAGUGAAACAAGUAUUUUACGUGGAGGAUCCUUUGGAUAAGGGGUGGAAUGUUGUUAUUCCAACUGUACCACGAGAUGAUUUGAAGAUAGAUCCCAUAGAUGUUGAGAUGUACUUGCAAAGUCAGCCUUCAAGUAGUCAUCAAAGAGAUACAUUUGAUGAUAUUAAUUGGGUUCGAGAAGGUGUCAUAGGAGAAAUAGUUGAUACUACUAGAGUGGCAUUUAGUUCCAAGGGAUGA